AUGAUCAUCAACGAACUCCCCCCGGACUCCUCCACAACCUCCAACCCCCCUCCGCGCCAAUUCUUCGCAAACCAACCGCCUCCUACGGCUCCCCGCAUAAUCGAGGAAGUCCCAAACAAUGCCGCCCGAAAGACUCUUGCGGAGCUAUUCGCUUCAUAUCCCAAACCCGGCCAACCCAGCCAACCCAGCACGGACACAACCACCUACCCUCCCUCGCAAAACGGUCCAGUUUUGACACACAAUCAACCCAUAAUCGACACUAACACCGCCCAACCAACUCCCCCGGAUGCCCCACAAUCCUCAUACAAUCCCACACAGCACGUUGGUCCUCCUCAAUGCCUAUGGUUCCCGCCUCGUCCGCCAGGCCAGGAUAUCGACGGUAACACCUCCAUCCCCGAUAACCCAUGGACACCCCUCCCCCUUUCAGCCACCAUGGUGGACGGCCCCUAUUCGCCAGUCGCACCCAAAACGCCAAUAGUACCCAGAAACCAAAGCAUCAGCAUGCCUGACCGCCCCAGGACCCCCGCUUCAAAGUUCAAGACCUUCUUCUCAGACAUCCUCUCAUCGGCGACUGCCGUGCCCUCGAAAUCUGCCAAAUCCCAUAUUUCAAAUCCCGCAGUACAGCCAUCAAGGCGUCACUCGACAGUCAACUCCAACCUCCGCCAUCCACGCUCCGAACAGACACAUACCCGCCGCACCCUUGCCACAGCCCUGGCACUGCCAGACUCACCCACCUCGGUCCCCAAGUACGUUAACCCCUUCCUUACGCGUCCUAUCACCGUACCUCCUCGAGUCACCAUCCAUCCCAAAUCCUCACCUGAAAACGUCUCUCCACACACCCCAACCGCCCCAGCUCCCCAAUUCCCUGACGCCCCUUUUCCGCAGCUCAAUACUCACCCCUUCGGCGUCCCUCCCACAGUCCAUGUCCUCGCCGACUGGCCUUAUGGGCCCAUACUCGAGACCAUGAGCCCCCGCACCCGCCGUUUCGCAAUAGGCGGCACAGAUGCUGACGGGAAUGACAUGAAAAUUUACCGCCCGCGGCUUGACCGUGACACAUACCUAGAGUGUCUCCCACCCGCCUCGCGCGUGGUAGUAUGUUGCACGAGCAGCGCAUGUGGAGCUAUAUGUGAGCUCGACGGACGGGCUGGGGCCUGUCGCCGACGAAGUGCCCCCGUUAAAGAUGCGGCGCGCUGGGAGCGUUAUAUGUGGUCAUGUGAGGGUUGUGGGGAAGAUAUGGAGAUGCAGGUAUUGAAGGAGAGCGAGGGCAACUCGCCGACAGGCACGGGGGACGCAUGUUAUAAGAAAGAUGAGCAAGAUGCGUAA